AUGUGCAUCUUAACGGAAGAAGUGCACAUUCUGAAGACCGACGCUCAAGUUAACUAUGACCAUGAAAGAAGAGAAAUCCCCAAUCGUGUACAGAUCGUCCAGCACGAUGACAAAGGAGAUGUACUUGGUCCAUCAACCAUGUAUGAUGAGCAUGGAAAACCAGAGGAGAGGACUAACCAACCACAGCAGGAGUUCGUCAUACAAAAUGUCACAAAUAUCACCAUUGGAAUGUGA